GAGUCCUCCGGGGUUUCUCCUGGAACCUGCUCCUCAAAUAUAAAGCGCUCCCCCCCAUCCAGCAGGAAAGAGCGAGCCCAGGCGCACGAGGAGGAGCACAUCAGGAGCACAUCUGGACGCGCCACUGGACGGUGACAGUCUGCAGCUCUAUGCCGAGCCGCUCGGUGAGUUGACAACGCCGCUGGAUAUUUAAUCUCAAGCUGUUUUUUUUUUUUGUUUUGUUUUUUAAAAUUCGCCCUGCGCGGUGUCUGCUCAGAGCGUGUGCCCCCCCCCCCCCCAAACAACAACAACAACAACAACAACAACAGAAACGAGUGCCAGGCGCGUGUCGAGAGCGGGUUGGGAUGGCAGCCCUCAUCAGCGCCUACUCGUCGUGGCCGGAGUCCUUCGAGUGUCCGGCGGGAGACGGGGACGCGCCCGACGCGCCCGACGCGCACGGCCCGCACGGCCCGCACGGCCCGCACCGGGGCGCCGCGGACAAGGCGCCGGAGCCGCGCAUCCGACGGCCCAUGAACGCGUUCAUGGUCUGGGCCAAGGACGAGCGCAAGCGGCUGGCGGUGCAGAAUCCGGACCUGCACAACGCCGAGCUCAGCAAGAUGUUGGGCAAGUCAUGGAAGGCCCUGACUCCCCCGCAGAAGAGGCCCUACGUUGAGGAAGCCGAGAGGCUCCGGGUUCAGCACAUGCAGGACUACCCCAACUACAAGUAUCGGCCUCGCCGGAAGAAGCAGCUGAAGCGCAUCUGCAAGCGAGUGGACCCCGGCUUCCUCCUGAGCGGGCUGGCCCCCGAUCAGAACGCCCUGUCCGACCAGCGUGCCCUCUGUCGGCCCCACGACAAAGACGAGGGCAGCCCACACGGUGGCUUUUCCAGCCCCGCUCUGCCCAGCGUCCGAAGCUUCAGAGACCCGGCCGGUUCCAACAGCAGCUUCGACACCUACCCCUACGGCCUGCCCACUCCGCCCGAGAUGUCCCCCCUGGACGCCAUGGACCACGAGCACGUGCCCCCCUCUUAUUACUCAACUUCUGGCAGCUCCUGCUCGUCUUCCUGUCCAGAUGAGCACCAUCAGAAUCAGACGCACAUCGGCAGUCCGCCCCCUUACCACACUGACUACGCUCAGACCCAAAUCCACUGUGGAGGCGCGCACAUGGGUCACAUCCCUCACAUGUCCCAGACUGGAGGCCUGUCUUACUACAGCACCUCGUCCUUCCCCCAGAUUCACCACGGGCUCCACCACGGCCACCUGGGUCAGCUGUCCCCCCCACCGGAGACACAGGGCCACCUGGAGACUCUGGACCAGCUGAGCCAGGCCGAGCUCCUGGGAGAGGUGGACCGCAAUGAGUUUGACCAGUACCUGAACUCCACUGGGACCGGGUUCCACCCUGAGCAGGGCAGCGGCAUGACCGUUACGGGACACAUCCAGGUGGCGUCAGCCGCCGCCGCCGCCACCACUGCCUGUCCCAGUAGCACCGCAGAAACCAGCCUCAUUUCCGUGCUGGCAGACGCAACAGCGGCCUACUACAACAACUACGGCAUCUCGUAAGCUCAGUUGCACCACCUACGACACUUGGGACUGAUCAGACACUACAGGGUUUAAAAUGGGUGAAGGCAUUUGGGAUAAUGUUGCACUUGGGUGCUGAUAAGGCAAAGAUUUCUGUGUGCUACUAUGAGUCAUUUCACAACCUGUUAUUAGCAUCUAUGGGCAACUUCAUCCCGCCACGAUUAAAAACCUGAACUGAUUACUGAGCAAAAUGAUUGUCGCGAGCCGAGAAAAGAACAAAGAGCGAUUGGAGGAACGUGAAGAAAGGGAGAUGGGACACCUCAGGGAUGCAGACACUAAAUACUAUAUGCCACCUCCAGUUGUCGGGGAAAUUUCUAAAACUGGAAGAACAAUCGUUGAGAGACUCGUUGUCCACUUGUAAAUGUCACCAGUUACUGUUGCGUGUACAGAUGCUCUUAAGAAGAUAAUUUAAGUCCUUCGAUGUUUCGCAUUAAACACUGACUGUAAUGCUAUUAUCAAUGCUAAACAUUCGAAUGUUUGUAUCAUACGUUCUCGCUCUCAUUAGUUUGGGAGUCUUACCUCAGUAGUUGUAAUUGAAUGAGGUUUUUAGUUGGACAUUUCUUAUGCAAUUUAACGAAACAAGUGUAUAAUGAUGGGGGGGGAAAGCCGUUUAUACUUCUUCUCAAGUACUUAAUAAUAUAUAAUUAUAACCUCUACGAUGAAAAAUAAUAAUGGUAACUAUAACUGUAUGCUGAUUUAGGUUUGUGAAAGACAGUAAUUUAAAAUAAAGGUCAAUUUUUUAAAUAUUACACAGCUCUACUUGGAUGAUGUGCAACAAAACUUUUUAUAAUUUCACUAUUACACCUGAACAGGAGAAGAUAUUGGUGCAGGAGCGGAUACGCACUUGAUACAAUCACAUUCCUGAAUAAAAACAAUAAAAAGAAA